ACCCUAUGCCAUGCGAGUGAAGAUGUUAUCCAUGGCUGAAAAUAUAAAGGGCGCGAAAGUUUAGAUAGAAAGUCGUUUUUGAGGUUUGACAUAGUGCUCUGUAUUUCGAAGAUGAGUAAUAAAUUCAGAAUUGAACAGAAACAGCCGAAGAUAACAAGUGUAAAACUUAGACGUGAACUUACAGCAGCGCUUAUGCAGACGGAGCGUAGAAACAAACGAGAUAAUAUUUUUAAUAAGCAGAGACUGGCUGGUAGUGAAGAAGAAACAGAAUCAACGGAAAGGCCUGUGAAAGAUGUUCGUGCGAGACAGCUGGAGGCGUGGAAAAGGACCAGAGAGGAAGCUGAAAAGAAAAAUAAAACAAAGAGAAAGCCAUUUAUUGUGACUCAUGUUCGUCAUAACAUUGGGUCACCUUACAAAAUGAGGUCACCUUUUAGAACGGAUGCUCUGCUUAAAACAAAGACAUCGAAGAAGCUGGAUGUUCUACCAGAAAAACCAGCUACCUCUGCUGUACGUGUAACACGGUCUAUGAGCAGAACAGCAAAAUUAAAUCCAACUGCUACUAUCCAGAAGAAAAAUGAGCUGCCUAAACUUGCACCAAAUAAUUUUAAAUUCAAGGCACCCAAAGGCAUUGCACCGCUCCCCAUGUCCAGUCAUAAGCAGAAAACAGAUUUGAAGAUAACACUAACACCAUGUUCUGUGAAUGUGGAGAAAAUAGGUGAGCAAAAGGAAACUGCCUCUACACCACUCAGCAUUACAAAGAGAAGUGGUAGGAAAGGAAGUACAAAAGAGACAUCAUCAUCAUCAUCUACAAAGAUAUGUGGAAAUCCAUUGUCGAGUAAAAGGAAACUAGAUUAUAAUACAUCGGACCCAAAUAAGGAACCACUAGUUGCAGAAGCUGUGCCUUCUGAUAAAAAAACAGAUGUUUCACAAUACAGGAAGGAACUGAACACUGUAAUAGAACAGUUGGAGACUUUAUGUAGUAAAUGGUCAUUUACUCAAGAACAGUUGGCCAGUUUACCAAAUGAGGUUAAUGAUAUGGUGGAUGUUGCCACUGGACAAACCAAACUACUCAUCAAAGAAAAGCUUGCACAGUACAGAGGACUUAUUGAUGAAUGUGAGAAAAAUAGUGGGCCUGUAAGAGUGACAGAAUCAGAUUUGCAAGGUUUCUGGGAAAUGGUAAAUCUACAGGUUCAAAAUGUAAUUUCCAAAUUUGAAGAGCUGGAUGUCCUGAAAGACAAUAACUGGACAGAACCCAAAAAACAACACUCAUCUCCACUGAAGAAGAAAAAAGGCGUAACCAAAAUAUCUAAAACAAAAAAAGUAGCUUCAAAGUCAUCUGUUCGAGAUCACAUUGCAGCUUUAAGGCGUGCAAAGGCUGCUAUGCAGUGCAGUGAACCAAAAGAUCCAAACAUUGCCAGUUUCAUCCCUGCCGACCCUGCUUCGAAAGUGGAAAAACAGUCGAACCAAAGAGCUAAUUGCACACCAGUAGUUGUGUUAAUUAGAGCACAGCUCAGUGAAAAACAGAAAAGGAAUAGCAGGUGCAGCACUGCACUGAUGAAGAUCACAAACCAUUUGAGGGAAAUCAGUACACCAGAAACUGGAAACAAGGUAAAUAGCACAGCUGCUGAUGGAAGAAAGUCAAGUAGACGACUUUCCAAUAGAAUGAAACAACUCACGCCAGAUGUACUGAACAAUGAUCAAGAGGCUGAAUUUGAGCCGCAUAUUACACCACCUAGUAAGACAUACAGCAAAUCACCAAAGAAAUCAGGUGAUGUCCCUGAGGAAGACGAACAGUUUGAUCUUCUGAGGAAAACAUCAACAUUUCUGCACAGCAGUUCUGCUACUGGAAAACCAAAGAAGAUAUUAAAUAAAGAAACACCUCGUAGCAGAAGACAGCAACGUGUUAUUGGUUCUCCCAAAUGAAGAUGUUAAAUUUUACAUCAUUGACUGACAUUGUGUUCAUAUCAAAUAUCUGUAAUUUAAAUAAUUUCACAUUUAUAUGCUGAGAUUUGUAUCUUGUUCAUAUGUCUGUAAAACUGAACUUUCAUGUAAUGGUACCUGUUCAGCAUUUUGUGACAGGUAUGAGUAUUUUGUAAAUAGCCAUUCUAAGAAUUAUCAGUGACCACAUGUUGCUACUAAGAUUAUAAACUUAUGGUUAAUCUAUCAUGAGCAGCAACUGAGAGAAAUUUUUAAUUAUUGCUUGAUUUUAUUUUGAUGUAUAUUAUUUUCAGUUCUGAAUUCAAUAUCGUUAUUUUUUGUACUGUUUAAGCAUUCUGUAGUGAACAUAGGAAAAGUCCAAAUGUUAUAAUCUGCAGUGGACCACAGUUAUUCAGAAUUUUUAUGUAUUCAUUUAGUGGAAAUACUGUUCACAUAGUUGCAUGAUUUUACAUCUACUGUGGAACAUGUUAUUUGUACAUCACUGAAAUGGAUCUGAUU